UUUAUUAAUUGUUGCUAGAUUUUCUUAUUGUAGUGCAGCUUUACUACAAGAAAAGCGGAACACAAAUAGCAAUGGUUGUGCAAGGAAUCAUGUCUAUGCUGAAUACGGAUGAACGCUUUGGAAACAGAAAACUGGCAUUUACCCUUUGUGAACAUCUGUCACAUAUUCAAGCCAAUUUAUCUUUACUUGUGCUUUGUUUCAACAUUUCUGGAAUAGCAACCGACGUAACUAACACGCUGAAAGGAAUACCACAAUCUGAAAAUACUGCUGUGUUAAUCUUCCACCACAAGGAUGAGCAUGCACUACCAAACCAAAGCAGCGACAGAGUACUGGUUAAUCCUGAAUUCAAAACAUUUGGCGGCAUAUUCGAUAUGGCUUUUCUGGCGGGAAAAGGAAUAUAUUCUUGUGAAAUGAAUACAAACGCUCUAGAUGGCAUUGUGAAAUUCCUGACAAAUGUACAGAAAGUUAAUGACAGGACAUGAUAAGUGCAACAAAAACUAUUAAAUGUUUUCAGAGGGUACUAUUUGCUAUCAAACUUUUAUGUAAAUAAGGAAAUUAAAUUGUUUUUAUAUAUUUUGUCCUAUAGUAACUUGUGCAUGAUUUUACG